ACAAAGGUUCUCGCGGGCAGCGUCAACUUGUAACUAUUUAAACAGAGAGCUCGCUUGUUCUCAGAAGCACACGCAAAUCCCUUGCAGCCUCCUUUACUCUCUGAAUAUUACGCUUACGUUUCCGAGACAUAUUUUUAUCGCCAUCAUAUAUAAAAGCAAUAAUAACGGGUCAUUUCAUCUUGCUGUCACUGCCAUUCUAUUACGAAAAGUCGCCUCCUCAAUUCGAUGGAGUCAGAUAUAGCUCCAAGAGGGCUGUCAAUCCUCAAUGCCUCACCUCGUCUUAUUCCAGGGCCAUCCCUUUUACAUGAGCUAGUGGCAACAUCAAAUAGCAAUGGUUUUCCAGCAAUAGAAUACCGUUCAGGUACUGGCGACAGGACCAGCGUAUCCUAUUCUCAACUUCAUAGAGCGGCUACUGCAUUGGCUGCGCGGAUGUCUGAAACCCUACGUUUCCUAGCACCAGCGAUAGAUCACCAACAUCUUGUUAUCCCGAUUCUCAUGCCACAGUCCCCCGCAUUAUAUAUAGGACUUCUUGCUAUUCUAAAGGUCGGCGCGGCCUUUUGUCCGCUGAAUCUCAAUACACCAAUCGAGCGCAUCAAAUUCAUUUUUCAAGACGUCGGGGCCAGGCUCGUCCUUAUCGACCCCAAUUUCCUAUCGAAUGUCCCGAGAGAUGAUGGCUUAUAUAAGAUUAUAUCCAUAGAUGAAUCCUCAUACCUCGACACGGGUGAAACGGUGCAACCGGCUUCUUACAGGAUACCGCGGGCCAGUGACCUGGCAUAUGUCAUGUACACGUCUGGCUCUACCGGGACGCCCAAGGGUGUUGGCAUAUCCCACCUUGCCGCGACACAGAGUUUACUUGCCCACGACCGGCAUAUUCCAUCCUUCAAGCGCUUUCUUCAGUUUGCAGCACCAACGUUUGACGUAUCCGUGUUCGAGAUAUUUUUUCCGCUCUUUCGCGCCACCACGCUCAUCUCUUGCAAUCGCGCAGACAUGCUAACAGACCUGCCUGGUAUCUUAAGAGAUAUGCGAGUAGAUGCUUGCGAACUCACACCAUCCGUGGCCGGUAGCCUUCUGAAAAGGAGAAAUAAAGUUCCCGGGCUUCGACUUUUGCUGACUAUCGGAGAGAUGCUGACAGAACCUGUAAUCCAGGAAUUCGGAGGUGAUCAGUCCGAGGGCAGUGUACUCUGGGGUAUGUAUGGACCUACCGAGGCCACAAUCCACUGCACUCUACACUCUGCUUUCCCAAAAGCGUGCGGCAAACACAGUAUCGGAGUUCCUCUUGACACCGUAUCAGCGUUCGUGAUAGACGGCGACUCAUCUAAUUUCCAAAUUCUUCCUCUCGGCCAAGUUGGGGAACUUGCGGUUGGCGGUAGCCAGAUUGCCACAGGUUACAUCAAUCAACCUGAACAGACGGCUGCUGUGUUCAUCGAUACACGUUGGGGACGGAUCUACAGGACCGGAGAUAAAGCCAGAAUGCUGCAUGACGGCACCAUUGAAUGUCUGGGAAGGAUCAGUAGCGGCCAGGUUAAGAUAAAUGGGCAAAGAAUCGAGCUAGGUGAAGUCGAACAUGCCAUCCUGCGUACACAGGGAUGUCAUGGUGCUUUUGCGACUGUAAUCUCAAACAUCUUAGUGGCCUUCGCUGCAGUUGAAGAAGGCCUAGAGCCUGCACGGAUACACACGGCGAUCAUUUCCCAAUGCAAAUCAUGGCUACCAGCCUUCAUGAUCCCUACCGAUGUCAGGGUUUUAAACCACUUUCCUCAAUUGCCUUCGGGCAAGGUCGAUAAGUCCACAUUGGUUGAGCAAUAUAAAGCGAUAAACUCUCAUGAUAUAGACGUGGAAGAAGUGGAAGUACAUUUCAAGGAUGAUCUAGAAUACCAGCUCUGCGAGAUCGCGGAAACGCUUCUCGGCCAGCAUAUCAUUCCAUCAACCCACAUAUCCUCGCUGGGGUUGGAUUCAUUAGCAGCUAUCGAAUACGCAUCCAUGAUUAAAAGUGUCGGAAUCGUCGUCAACCCCAUUGAUAUUCUAAAUGCAUCAACUAUCCGCGAGCUCCAUGACACACUCAGAGAUCCACAGAGGACGACCUACACGUCCAUUUCUGCCAAGGAGUCCAUAAAUCAGGAUCGACCGGACAGGGUUAACCAUCUCAUGGAUAUCCUACGAUCCGAGAACGCGACGCAACCAUUUCUAGAUGAUAUUGAACGUGUGGAAGUAUGCAGCCAUCUUCAACAGGCGAUGAUAGCGGAGACCCUCAAGGAUACAAGAUUAUACGUUAACCAGACAGAAUUUCAAUUUCCUAGCCACAUCCCAAUCGAGUCAAUCAAGUCAUGGUUCUUCACUUUGGCUCAGUCCAAUGAGAUUCUGCGAACAGGAUUCGUACACCUGGACCACGAACUUGUCCAAGUGAUCUGGAAAGAGCUCGCUGAAGAACAGGUCACAAUCCUCAGCCAUGCCCGUCCUUUUGAAGAGGUUGAAGCUGAAUCAUUUCUGCGUCGCCCACUUCAGCUAGAAAUCAUUCCAGGUGACCCUCUAGCGACACAUCGAAAACUGAGAUUAAUCAUGCACCAUUCAAUAUACGAUGGAUGGACAAUCGAUUUGUUAAUCGAGGACCUUUCAUUAUUGGCACACGGUCAAUCUCCAGUCGAAAGGCCUCAGUUUAGUCGCGUGUCUCAACAUCUUGGAGCCACCUUGCGAACUGAGAUGAUGGACGCAAAGGAAUUUUGGGCAGAAACCCUUCAGGGCAGCCUCCAUACUCCGUUUCCCAAUUUCAGGACUGUAGCUACCACGAAACCCAAUAUCAUGACUAUGCUUGAACAGAUCGAUCUGAACCCUACUCAUGCUAGAGACUUUGCUCUUCGGGUUUCUAUUACCCCCCAAGUUCUAUUCCAGGCUUGCUUGAGCUGGAUAUGGGGUGCAACCAACGCCGUCGAUGAUAUAAUCAUUGGCUCCGUGUCAUCUGGUAGAACGAUUCCGGUGGUAGGGAUCGAGAAGAUAAUGGGGCCGUGCAUGGCCACCCUCCCUCUGAGAGUAGUCUUCAGUCGACAUAAAACCAUCGCCGAACUCUUACAAAACAUUCACAUAUUCAACCGAAAGACGCUCAAGUACGGUGACCUUCCUCUUGUGGAUAUCAAGCGGGCUGCUGGGUUUUCAGCUGCGCAGAAUUUAUACGACAUCGUCUUCGCCUAUCAAGAAACAUUGAUCAGUCGAAGGCGGGGUGAGUGUACGAUACGAGAAGUCUACCACAAAGAUGCAAUAGAAGCCAAGCUUCUGGUUGAAAUUUACCCGCACGUGGAUCAUUUCUCGUGUCAGAUUACCUGGCAUGCAGAAAUAUUCCCACAAUCACAAAUAGAAGCCCUGUUCCAGCACCUGAGUUGCUUGGUCAACUACUUCAUCGAAAAUUUGGAGGAGCCACUCGACACUAUCUCACGGUGCUUCCCGGUGCAGAACCUAUCUUUUUAUAACGAACGUCCUAAGCAUAUAAAAGUACUCCCAAGUUUGUGCGAACUAGUAGAAAGAACCGCAUUGAGGUUUCCGACAUACGAUGCUCUAUGCUUCGCGUCUUCUAUCAGCACACAAGGCAUCGAAGCAACUACCUUAACUUACCAGGAGCUCAAUUUGAGGGCCAAUCGGAUCGCCAGAUGUCUGCAAGAAUCCGGUGCAGUCUCUGGGGGGAUAAUUGCAAUAGUAAUGGAGAAGUCUCAUCUGCUAUAUUGCGCCAUCCUCGGAAUACUUAAGGCCGGCUGCGCAUAUCUUCCCAUUCUUCCCAACACCCCUAAGCAGAGAGUUGAACUAAUCUUGCAACAGUCACGGCCUCAACUUUGUCUCGUCGAUGAAUCAUCUCCACAGCAUAUAGCCGAGACAUCCCUUUGCUCGGUCAUCAAUUUUUCGCACACCAUGCUCUCCCAAUAUUCUGACUCUAACCUUGAUAUCCCUAGAGAUUCCUCCAACCUUGCCUAUAUCAUUUAUACUAGCGGUACCACGGGGAGUCCGAAAGGUGUUUCGGUUACGAAUGCAAAUAUGUUAAGCAACCUUGAGAUUUUAUCCUGUAUUUACCCUCAUGAGACUUCCGACCGAAUGUUACAAGCCUGCUCUCAAGCCUUCGAUGUGUCCGUCUUCGAGAUAUUCUUCGCUUGGGGAAAUGGAAUGUGCCUAUGCUCAGCUACCAAUGACACGCUAUUUGAAGAUGUUGAAGAAACCGUGCGAGCUUUACGUAUAACUCAUCUCAGCAUAACGGUCACUGUAGCCUCAUUGAUGGAACCUAGCCGAGUACCUAGUGUUAAGUUCAUGGUUACUGCCGGCGAGCCGAUGACUGAUAGAGUGCUAGAUACUUGGGCAGAACAUCUAUGGCAAGGUUACGGCCCAUCUGAGACCACUAAUAUUUGCACCGUUAGAAAAGUAUCCCGGGGAGACUCAUCGCAAUAUUUAGGGUGGUCUUUAGAAAACACAUCAUCAUUCGUCUUCUCUCCAAAUACCACGGCGUUGGUGCCGUUCGGUUGCAUAGGUGAGCUAUGUUUCGGGGGCGACCAAGUCGCUGCGGGCUAUCUUGAUAUGGCCGAAUUGACGGCAACCAAAUUCUUUGAGCAUCCCGAGUAUGGUCGUCUAUAUAGAUCGGGAGAUAUUGGCCGCAUGCUACCAAAUGGUUCAUUGAUCAUCCUUGGGAGAAUCGACAAUCAAGUGAAGCUCCGCGGGCUACGAAUUGAACUCCAAGAGAUCCAAGCAACCGUUCUAAGGAGCGAUAUCACGAAGGCCUGCACGAGCGUGCUUGUCACCCUAAGGAGCGAUUCCUCGCAACAGUUAGCAUUGUUCUUCGUUCCAAAGACGCACAGGUCAUCAAAGUUCACUAUCUUGCCUAUCACAGACUCAGAGAGGCAGUCAAUUAUCACAAUUCAGGAACUUCUGCGUGUAGCUCUACCGGAUUAUAUGAUUCCAUCCUUUAUUUUCCCUAUAUCUCUUCUGCCAUUGACAUCAUCUGGGAAGAUCGACCAUGACCUGCUACACCAAUCUGCCAGGGGCCUCUCUGAUACAAUCCUCAGUCAGUGUAGCUCCGUACAGGAUCUCGCCGGGGAUUUAGUUGAAUGGUCCGAAACAGAGACAUUGAUACUACAAGCUAUUUCAGAAACAAUUCGAAUCGAUAGAAAGGUAAUUGGUCGUUGGACCUCGUUUGCAGUCCUCGGGAUUGAUUCAAUUUCUGCCAUGCCUUUAGUUCGCAGGCUGCAAUCUAUUUUUCAGCAGCGAAUCCCCCUAUCAUUCAUCCUAUCACACCCAAGCAUCGGCAGGCUAGCUUCUCUCAUCGCCAAGGAAAUGCCAUCAGUGCACAUACAGCCAGGGAAACUGACGCCAAUCCUGCCCGAGGAACUGGUGGAAACUGUCAAGUUGCGCUUUUCUAUGGGAGGAGAUGUCGAGACUGUUCUCCCGUGCACCCCAUUACAGGAGGCUAUGCUAUCGUCUUCUCGGCUGUCCAAAGUUGGGUCGUCAUACAACAACCAAAUGCUAUUUCAACUUCGGAUACCAUCUCAGAUCAUGAUAAAGCAUUGGAACAUGAUGUUCGAGCGGCAUGGAAUUCUUCGAACAUGUUUUAUGACGACUGAAUCUUCCCAGUAUCCGAUAGUCCAAGUGGUUCUAAGAUCCCACCUACCUGCAUGGCAGACCUACGAAGCUAGCAGCUCCAGCUUCCAAGAGCUUGUGCACGAACAUGGCCUCUCCCUCCCAUUUGCGAUUGACUCAUGCCUUCCUCCUGUUUCGCUUGCUCUCGUCAUUCUUGAGGACUGUACAGAAUACAUAUCAUUUGUUUGUCAUCAUGCUAUAUAUGAUGGUGUCUCAGUCAGAUCCAUGCUCGCGGAGAUAGAGUCGCUAUCCCGUUGUCAAGCCCUACCAGCUCCUCAACCAUUUGAGUCAUUUCUCAGAGAAACACUGCCUUUACCUCCCGAAACGGAUGAUUUUUGGGUUAGGCAAUUCCAUUCUUAUUCUCCCUAUCGUUUUGAUAAAUUGACAUCCACUGGAGACCUUGACCAAGACACAGUACUUAGGAGGGCUUCUGGCCGCCCAUUUUCUUCGAUCUUAUCUCAGCUGCGUGACCUAGGUGUGUCGCUAUUGCCGUUUUGCCAAACAGCCUGGGCAGUCACCUUGUCCAUUUUACAGGAUGACGAUGAUGUUUGUUUUGGGAACGUUGUGAGCGGCCGUUCCAUUGCCUUAGAACAGGUCGAUACCCUCGUAGCACCAUGUUUCAAUACAAUACCUAUUCGGAUGAAUAUUUCUCGUACCAAGUUCGUUCUGGAUGCUAUAAAGGUAUUCCAGCGUUUGAAUGCCGAGAUGAUACCAUACCAAUUCACAAGUUUACGUCGUAUACAAUCCCGACUCGGCUUAUCGCAUCUUGUCGACACCAUAUUAAUUCUUCAACCACAAGCGGUACCACUAGAUGAAAAUAUAUGGUCUUUGGAGCAAGAACACGGCGCAAUGGAUAUGCCCCUCGUGUGCGAGGUUAUCCCCUCGGAGGAGCAAGACACGGUCAUGCUACAACUCCAUCGUGAUCCUUCGAUAUUCUCUCACGAAACAUCCCUGCUCAUUCUCGAUAUCUUCGAGUAUGUCCUUGAUACAUGCCUAGAGCAUCCGCUUUCACAUACCUUGUCCACUUCGAAACUACCAGCUCGAUGGCAACGCCAGAUAGCACAGAUAUCUCUCUCAAGGGAACUACCACGAACACGGCUGGCUAGCACGACUUCCGAAUCGCCUACCGGCAAAGAAGACUGGAGUGAAAUUGAAAUAGAAGUUCGUUCGGUAUUGUCGAGACUAACUAGAGUUCCAGAACGGAACAUUCGACGAGAAACUUCGAUAUACCGUUAUGGCCUGGACAGCAUUAGUGCAAUGCAGUUCGCUUCUAUGUUACGUCGAGAAUCAUACAGCGUUUCCGCACUAGACGUGAUCGAGAACCCGACAUGCGCCGGAAUCGCAUCUCGCGUUACAGCCCAGGAACCCGGCCAGGCCGAUGUUCUUUACGAUUUCGACCAGUUCGAAAAAGUUGUUCGUAAUGACUUGAAUGAUAUCUCAGAUACGAUUCCGGGUUUUGACGAGCUGUUGCCGUGCUCUCCCACACAGCAAGGCAUGAUUUCUCAAUUCCUUAACUCAAAAGGGGCAAACUACUUCAACUUCACAAGCUGGGCAUUGAAACCUAGCAUCAACUCCUUACGAGUAGUUGAAGCAUGGGCUCAUCUCACCGCCCACCAUCAGAUCCUCCGCACAGGAUUCGUACCUGUCAAUCACCCAGAUACCUCCUAUGCUAUGGUCGUUUAUUCUAGGGCGAACUUUACUGCUCCAGUAUCAAUUUGCUCGUCGAAUUCAUUUGAAGUUUCCAAAUGGCGCGCAGAAGCUGCUUCCGAGGCUCUAACAAUGCUCUCGAGACCACCCUGGCAGGUUGUUAUCGUUGUCGACGAUGAUCCUAGUCAGUUGACGAUGCACCUUGCCAUUCAUCACGCAUUAUACGAUGCACAUUCGCUCCGGAUCUUACUUCAUGCAUUAGUGCGAGUUGCAUUAGAUAACGAGGAAGAAGCGGCAUUGUCGAUCAAGCCAGCGCUAUCGGCUUGUUUCAAUUUCACACAUUUUCAGUCUGCCUCGGAAGCAUUCUGGAAAGGCAAGGUCGAAGAUCUGGUGGUGAACAAGUUUCCGAUCAUGACACCCCUUCAUAUUACUGGCCAUAGUAUAUUAAACACGUCAAGAGUUUGUGAUGAAUCGAUUGAGAGCCUACGUCGUGGUGCGACAGAGGCUGGUGUUACAAUUCGAGCAGCACUCCAGGCGGCUUGGACUCGCGUGCUUUCGGGAUAUAUUGGCGAAUCUUCGGUCACAUUUGGGAUUGUACUUAACGGGCGACACACAAAUGAAGAACAGGACAUAACCUUUCCAAUGAUUACGACCUUGCCUAUUUUUGCGCGUAAUACAGAUUCAAACACCGAACUUCUCAACUACAUGAUGAAAUACAAUACCAGCCUCCGUAGGCAUGAACGAACUCCCCUCUCCAAGAUACAGCGAUGGCUAGGCCACUCGGAUAGUCAGCUAUUCGACACAAUACUAUCGUAUCAAACUGUGUCAACUACGAAAGAUGACAUGCCCGGGGAGGUGCUAGAUGAGGCUGCAUCAUUAGAAUAUAAGGUAGCGCUAGAAGUAGUUGAAACGGACUCGGACAAGCUGGAGUUGAAUUUAACGCACGACGGGGACAUUCUACCAACUUCACAGGCGCACAUUCUACUUCAGCAAUUCGAGGCGGUGCUUGUAGAUCUCCUAACCACGCCUCAGAGCUACGCAAAUCGACUUGCUUGUGAGAAGCCAAACCUGUUCUCUAUUCUGCCAGCAGUUUCCCCUCAGCUUCCCGGCCCCGGCGCACUCUUGCACCAACUUGUUGAGCAAACCGUGCAGCGUAUACCCCACAUGGUGGCUCUGGAAUUUGUCGAAGAACUAGGGGACCCGAUCUGUAGGCGACGGUGGACAUACCGCGAGUUGGAUGAAAUGGGAAACCGGGUGGCGAGCAUGCUCGUAAAUCGUAACGUGCCAUCUGGAAGUAUCGUCGCAACGUGUUUCAACAAAUGCCCAGAGGCCUAUUUCUCGAUUCUCGGGGUUCUUAAGGCAGGCUGUGCAUUUCUAUCGCUUGACCCGACUGCCCCGGCCUCCCGUUUGAGUUAUAUCUUGGAAGACUCCGGCGCUUCAUGUUUGCUGAUUGAAUCAGACCUGAAAGAAAGCUUGGAUAUCAACGCGACCAUACCAAUACAUAUCGUUCGUGAACCUGAACUAUUGACUAUCCCAGCAAUAUUCCAAUCCUUGAAGCAAAUAUCACCCUCAAGCACAUGUUAUUGUCUCUACACCAGCGGCACCACAGGCACUCCCAAAGGCUGCCUGAUAAGUCACGACAACGUUGUCCAGGCGAUGCUUGCCUUUAAACAACUAUUUGCCGGACACUGGGAUAUUGAUUCUAGAUGGCUCCAAUUUGCCUCAUUUCAUUUUGAUGUGUCGGUCUUAGAACAGUAUUGGUCUUGGUUCGUCGGGAUUACUCUCGUUGCGGCCCCAAAAGACCUCAUACUCGGUGACAUUACAGCAACAAUAUCAAGAUUAGGCAUUACUCACAUCGACUUAACGCCGAGCCUCGCAAAGAUCGUGCACCCAGAUGAAGUACCAAGCCUUUGCAGAGGGGUUUUUAUCACGGGGGGAGAACAGCUACGACGAGAGAUCUUGGAGGUAUGGGGACCGAAAGAAGUGAUAUAUAAUGCGUAUGGUCCCACCGAGGCUACCAUAGGUGUUACUAUGUUUCAGAGAGUGCCUGUCAAUGGCAGGUCGUCCAAUAUUGGAAAUCAAUUUCCAAAUGUUGGUACCUACAUUUUAGAACCUGGGACUGAAAAUCCCGUGCUUAGAGGGGGUGUUGGUGAGCUGUGUGUGUCCGGCAGACUAGUUGGUCAGGGUUACCUGAAUCGAAACGACCUCACAGAGGAGCGCUUCCCGACCCUCAAAGAGUAUGGGGAGCGUGUUUAUCGCACAGGAGAUCUCGUCCGUGUUCUCCACGACGGCUCGUUUGAUUUCUUAGGCCGCGCUGACGAUCAAGUCAAGCUUCGAGGCCAGAGGCUUGAAAUCGGAGAGAUUAAUCAUGUCAUUAAGACAACUCUAUCUACUCAGUUGACUGAUAUCGUUACCUUCGUUACAAGGCACCUCGGGCAGGAUAGAGAUUUCAUUAUAUCCUUCUUAGCCCCUGCCACGAAUUUACCUCCUCCCACCAAGCUACAUAUCUGUUCUGAGGAUGAAUCUCUUGACAUCUCCCGAGCUGCCCACGAGGCUUGUAGGAAUCAGCUCCCUGGGUAUAUGAUUCCUACCUACAUCUUAUGCGUACCAUAUAUCCCUCUAUCGUCGAACAACAAGGCAGAUGUGAAACGGCUAAAACAGCUUUUCAUGGAACUAUCUCAUGAUCACCUACGCAAUCUUACGACGGGCUUAGCUGGGGCUUCCAGAGGUCUGGGUGAGAAGGAACAGCUGAUAGCUCUGGCCAUUUCAGUUAUUACACAAGCCACAGAUACUGAUAUGCGACCCGCUUCUUCCAUUUUUGAGCUUGGAAUUGACUCAAUCAAUGUAGUCCGGUUAGCCAGGAUUCUUCAGUCUCAAGGGUUCACUCUAGCAAGCCCUUCGCUGAUUUUGCGUCAUCCUCAUAUAAACAGUCUCUGUCAAGCUUUGCAACAGACAAACACAACAAUACUUGGUCGGCAUGCCAUUCAAGUGAAACAAUCUAUUCGUGCUUGCUAUCAGAGAUAUAUUGGCAUGGCUUGCAGAGUGCUGAGCAUUGGCAAAACGGACGUGGAAUACAUCGCGCCAUGCACACCUUUACAAGAGGGAAUGAUUACAAGGUCAAAUUAUACAGACACUCAAUCAAUAUACUUUAAUCAGUUCCGGAUUGAUCUUGAUUCCCAGAUCUCUAUCAACCGUCUAAGAUGUUGUUGGGAUGAAAUGUUAGCAGAAAGCGCCAUUCUCAGGACGGCUUUUAUUCCAACAACUGGGGGCUAUGUUCAAGUGGCUAUCAAACAAAAAGCUACACGCUGGUUUGAGGUGAACACAGGCGGGAAAGACAUUGACCUGUUCAUGUCAGAGCGCAGAGAGCAGUGGGUUUCUUCAAAUCAUGAUAUUUUACGCUACACAGUCGAAGUCGACCAUUUAGAAUACAAUGGGCAUCAAGUGCUCCUCCUCCGGCUGUUCCAUGGUGUUUACGAUGGGCACAGUUUCGAGCUUCUACUUCGACGCUUGAAUGCCAAGUACCACCAUGAAAAGUCACCCAGUAGCCCAGCAUUCAUUGACGUCCUACCCCAUGGACCGCUUCUCAAAUACCAUCAAUCCAAACCUUUCUGGAAAACAAUCUUCGAAAAUCAUGCAUUUCAACCGACGCCAAAUCUUGCGGACGAUCCCGCAGCAUCCGAUGUUUCUGUGUCUCGAGUAUUCCAUCAAAGCGAGGUAGAAGCUCGACGCCUAUCCCUUGGGGCAACACACCAGACUAUACUUCAAGCUGCAUGGUUAGUCACAUUGCAACAAAAGCUUGGUUUCGUGCCGACUUUCGGUGUCAUCUACUCUGGGAGGUCAUUGAUUUUCGACGGGAUCGAAGACGUGGUUGGCCCCGUUUUCAACACACUACCUUUCCGCGCGGAAAUUUCUAGCGGUACUACUUGGGCUUCACUCAUACGAGAUGUCCAGAAUUAUAAUACAUCAGUUCUUGAAUUUAUUCAUACGCCACUUCGAGACAUACAGAAAUGGUGCUCAGGUGGUCAGCCGCUAUUCGACAUUCUAUGGACGUUUAAUCGAGAAGAUGCCUUUCCAACAAUAGAAACACAACCAUUCUGGUCCACCAUAGACUCAGAUGGGUCCAUCGACUACCCACUCGCGGUGGAGAUAAUUAUGUUACAAGAUAAGUCACUCAAGGUCAAUACAGUCGCUCGGAAAGACAUUGCUACGCAUGCUAUUGUUAGCUCAUUGCUAGACGAGUUUGGGAAAGCCCUCAGAUCUCUCGCCACCUUAGAUGAUGAUGCACCACUUCUGGGUAUGUCUUUGACGACCAACGGUCCCGCGCUCGUAUCACAAGCUACGCAGACACCAAAAGCACAUCCUUCUGAUAUCAAGGACCUGGCCGGAUCAAUCUUUUCUCGUAGCAGUGAAGCUCGAGAAGUCCGGCACGAGGUCGCUUCCCUAGCUGGAAUACCCGACGAAGAUGUCACGGAAACAACAAGUUUUUUUGAGCUUGGUUUGGACAGCAUUGAUUCCAUAAAGCUGGCAGCAAGGCUGAAAAGACUCGGGCUUGACGUCACAGCCAGUGAACUGAUGAAAAGUCCCACCAUAAAGGACCUCCUAGUUUUGCAUGGUAUGGCAGACGUGAAAGGGGGUGACAAUGACAAGGAGCUGUCUAGCCUAAAUAGUACGGCCACAUUUUUGAAGGACUAUAUUCUACAAGAAAAAGGAUCUCUUGAAAAUAUGAAAGCUGUCCUCCCACCGACACCAUUACAAGAUUCUAUGGUUGCUGAGAUGUUGCUCUCAGACUUCGACCGAUACUUCAAUCACGACGUAAUGGAAAUCACAGCCGACACGGAUAUCGAUCGGCUAAAAUCGGCUUGGAUAGAAGUCCAUGCUAAUUCCCCAAUAUUAAGGACCACUUUCGUAGGGGUCGAUCAUCCAAAUAGCAAGGCCGCAUUCUGCCAGGUCAUCCGAGAGGAGCCCCUUGAAAUCCCCCAAGCAGUAGAGCUUUCGAGCUUAGAUGAUAUCACAACAGUCAUCGAUCAAGCUCGCCAUAAAGCACUACUCGGUCAAGGGAAAUCACAUCUAUUCCAGCUCGCAUUCAUCACAACACCAAAGAGUCGCUAUUUAGUCGUCUCUAUCGCCCACGCUCUGUACGAUGGAUGGUCACUUGAAUUGCUUCACAGGGACGUCGAAGCAGCGUACGUGGGUAACUACCAUGUACGAAGUAGAUAUGAACCAUAUCUUUCCCGCUUGCUUUUCAUCCCCGCAGCUGCAAGCGAAAGCUUUUGGGCCGGAUACUUGGACGACGUUCGUCCAACCAUCCUCAGCCCAAAAAUGGGAGCGCUCGACGAUGGCAUGACGACAGUUGUACAUCGAGCAGAAUUAGUAUCGAAGCUCGGCGCACAAGACUUAAAGACUUUAUGUCAACGGUAUCGCGUCACGCCGCAAGUCCUGGCUCAGGGGUGCUGGGCGCCUGUACUAGCUUCGAUGUUCAAUACCCUGGAAAUCACUUUUGGUGUAGUCUUGUCAGGGAGAGAUACCGAGGAAGCCCAGAGUCUACUAUUUCCAACGAUGAAUACUAUACCUCUACGCAUCGUGCUCCACGGUUCGGUUAGAGAAUAUUAUAACUACUUACAAGCCACCAUGUCAGAGAUUAUGGAACACCAACACCUCCCACUUCGCGAGAUACAGAAGACAGCUCGUUUCAAGGGUGGAAAACUUUUUGAUACGCUCUUCCUCUUACAAAAUGUCAAGGAACAUCGGAGCGAGUCCCAUAGUCGCAUUUUAAGGUCUGUCCAAUCGAAGUCAGCUGUGGAAUAUCCCCUAUGUGUCGAAAUGGAAAUCGCGGGAGCCUCGGUUAUGUGGCACGUAGCAGGUCAUGCGCAAUACUUCUCUCUGGACGACGUAGCCCAGAUCCUAAACAAUGCUGAAGCGGUCCUAGAUCAUAUUUUCCAGAAUCAUACCGAUGUCCUUGAAUUCAGCCAAACGCCAGAAACAGUAUCUGUCUGUGGUCUGGCGCCUUUCUACCUGGCUGACACGGUCGAUGAUGGAAUAGACACUAGCACUAUUUCAUACGACCUACCAACCCAGGGAACCGUAUCUGCCGGCUUGGAGUCACCCAUUAUGGACGUCUUGUCGGAGUUGUCGGGAAUUGAAAAGCACUCUAUCAACCAAAACCAUUCCAUUUAUCACCUGGGUCUUGAUUCUAUUAGUGCCAUCAAGGCUGCUUCAAUGCUUCGAAAGCGAGGCCUGGAAAUUUCUGUUCGAGCUAUGCUGAAAGCAAAUUCCAUCCACGAAAUUCUAGCCUACUCAGCGGGAGGCAUUCGCCAACCUGCAAGUAGCACACAAAGUGUAACGCUGGACUUGGAUUCAUUCCUGGAAAGGGCCAAUAUUGACUCUCUUCUUAAGAACUCUGGUGUGGAAGAAGCUGAAAUAGAGACAGUUCUUCCUGCCCUACCCAUGCAAAUACACAUGUUGAGUGCCUGGCAAAACACAGGAGGCCUACUAUUCUUCCCACAAUUCACAUACAAGAUUUCUGGGCAUUUGGAUCGAAAUGCAGUUUUGGGAACAUGGUCUGCAUUAGUUAAUGAAACACCAAUGCUCAGAACACGGUUCGCUGCCACUGAAUCCGUGGAGAUUCCAUUCAUACAGAUCAUUAUGGCACCAAGGUUAACGAACUCUACCGAUCAUCGUCUUGUGGAUCACGGGCGGGAUAGAUGGGCUUUUGAGGAGGCGGUAACACCUUUUAGCUUCGUGCAUGUUGAUAAUUUACAGUUGGGCGAGACUUGGCUUCAUCUGCGCAUCCAUCAUGCCUUGUACGACGGCGUGAGCCUCCCGAUCAUGGUGGGCCGAUUCCUAGAGUUGUACAAGAGCUCGCAGAUUUCGAUAUCGAAUAUAUAUAGACCGAGAUGGUAUGAUUUCGUCUCAAGCCACUACCUCCCCGAGACUCAGCAGCAGAGGUUCCGCUUCUGGACACUCUAUCUUCGAGACACAAAUAUAAUUCAAUUACUGGAUCGGCGAGAUAUUGUACAAGAGAGCCAAAAGACUCAACGUGCUGCACAACUUAGGCGUAACGCCAUUAGCAACGUCUCAAAACUCAAGAUAUUCGGUUCAGCCAACGGUACAUCGCUACAAGCACUCUUCUUCGCGGCAUACUCAAAGGCUCUUGUAGCUUUUCAUCUUUCUAGGGAAUCCGACCAACGGAAUGCCGAUGUCGCUUUUGGAGUUUAUCUUGCAAACCGAGCAAGUUUCGAGGACAUCCAGAGAGCGCCUUUUCCGACUUUGAGCAUUGUUCCCCUCCUAGUCAAGAAACCGUUGGCGCGGUCGCUCAUUGAUGUAGCUAUCCAGAUUCAAGAAGACCUCGUGAAAAUCGGAAGCUUUCAAAAUUCGAGUGUCAGCCUGUGGGAAAUAUACACCUGGACUGGCAUACAAAUUGAAAGUUGUAUCAAUUUUAUGUUUAUGCUUGAUGCACCCACCGCAUACACGAAUGGUGGUAUUACAAUGAUCGAGGAGCCUCGAGAGCCGACACCAACUCCGGACAGCAACGACCAACCAUGGAACCUCGUACAGCCGAACGCCAGUUUCCUGUCGCAGAAUGUAGCGGGAAAGGCAUAUAAAGUAAGAUGAAUCUUGAACCAUUCCAAGACAUAAAGUGUAUUGCAGUGCUAACGUUGGGAAUUCAAUAGCAUACGAUUGAUGUCGAAGUGGGAUAUCGUGGAGAUAUCAUGGACAUUGGCGUGUUCUGCCCGGCGACCUUCUCAGAAACCUGCGCAAACGGAUUGAUCGGGAGCAUUGUCUCCAUAUUGGAAGAUGUAAACUAGGUUAGGUUGAAGCAAGCGACAGACUUGUGUGAUAUCGGCGCGUACGGGUAGCGAGAAGCAUGUUUUCCGUUACUACUAGCGAUGCCCAAGACGUGCCU